CGAUCGUGGCCAGCAUCAAGUCAUGGCAUUUUACCAGCGGGGUUAUCGUCCUCUCGCUUGCACACUGUGGAAUUUCGUCUUCAUUUUUGUUGCCGUUCGAAUGCUGUACUGUCUCACUGCUCAACAGUUUCCUUCAACUUCUAAGUAAUUCGGUCAAUUUGGAAUUUCUUCUACAAAUUCUGAUCGUUUUAAUACAUUUUACCAAUCAGAUGUGGUUUUAAUAGAAAAAUGUCAACGACACAGUGCAAUUGUUAUAGUUGAAAAGUUCAACACUAAGAUUGGUAUUGAUAUUGAGUGAGCGAAAAAAAAGUGUGCCAUCACCUUGAAAAUGUGUGCAAUUCAGAAGAACAUGAAACAGAUUGAAUUAACUGCACCGUAAAAUGAACAGAAACAAGCAGUUUCAAUAAUUGUAUCUUAUUUUCGAGAGAGAGAGAGAGAGAGAGAGAGAGAGAGAGAAGAAAAGGAGAAAAAUCACUCUGAUGUGUCAUUCGGUGUGCAAAAUAUAGUCCAAACCAAAUUCCAAGUGAAUAUCGCAAAUCCGUUGCGAUACGAGUCAAACAAAAGAAGAAGAAACAACAGGGCAAAAUGACGGAAUUUUUGUCCUUAUGCGAUGUUUUAUUCAAUGUGGUGUCACUGGCUGGCUAUUUUUGUGAUGUUGUUUUCGAUGUUGUCCUAAGCUAUGCAUUGUUUGAACGGGGCCAUUUCUUGUACAUGGCCUUUGUAAUAGCCCUAGUGAUGGUGUCUCUAAUCAUUUCACAGAUUCUGUCAUUGCGAUGGUACAUGCAAAAGGUCGAAAUGAGAAGUCGAGAUUUAGUGCCAGUGAACGGUGCACACGGCAAUAACGGUGAUCAGAAGAAAUCAAUGGACAUAACGACCAAUUCGUCGUCAACUGAGUCAAGUGAUCAAACACUUCAGUCGAAAAUCGAACGUCAUUGUGUGAUUGCGUUGCAUUGCUGCCAAUUGGGUGUUUUGUGGCGCUAUGCAAAGCUUUUUGUGCCAGUUAAUUUGCGACAUGUGAAGCAUGAAGUGCGCGAUUUGUGUAUGCUACGUUUGGUGCACGCAUUUUGUGAAGCGGCUCCAAUGUUGCUUCUCCAGCUCUACAUACUGGUGACGAUUCAAAAGGAAGAAGCCAAUCUUCUGAAGCCCGAAAUACCAUUGCAAUCGAUCGGCAACGGCCAUGUGGCUCCAGUUAUUGUACAACAACCGUCCGACUCUCAGCAGCACCAGUUGCAAACAUUCAAAGAUUUGAACAUUGUGUCGUGUACAUUGUCUCUGUUCAGUGUUUGUUGGGCGCUGGCCAGUUUCAGUAAAAAUGUUCGCAUUCAGAAUGUGCAUCGGCUUGUGCUCACCUGGUUGGGUGUAAUCUUUCAAUUUUUAUGGCGCCUGGGUACGGUUAUAUCGCGCGUUGCAUCGCUCACUGUGUACGCCUCCGUUUACAAGCAAUGGGUGAUUUUGGUCAUUGCAUUGCAUUGGAUAUCAAUGUUUUUGUGGCUUAUCUCACCGAAAAAUGUAUUUCACGGUGAACGCAUCACACGCUUACGUAAAAUCACAUUGGCCGGUUUAAUUGCAUUCGUUUACGUAUUUGCCUACAUCAAUUUACAAGAAGUGAACCACCGCCAGAAGAUGUUCAUUUUUUAUUUUGUCAUGUUUGCGGAGAAUUCAUUGCUGGUAUUUCUGUGGCUUAUCGGCAUUUGGAUUGAUAAACCGGAAAAUUGGUACAUGACACCCAUCUGGAUAUUCGCAUCGUUUUUGGCCGGUCUUCUCUUCAUGUUCCUGUACUAUCGAUACUUUCAUGUGAGACGAUUGGGAUACGAAGCAGGCGGUCGAUUACCAUCUGAUAUUCACACAAAGUAUUCAUGUGCCGAUGGCACGAGCUGCAUUUCAUUCGACGACAAUCUGAAUACAUGUCAAAAGUAUCCGUCACAAAUUCCAGGCGUGUUUAAUUGCCGUUUUUCCAAUCCCGUCGGAAAUGGUGCGGCACGUCGCAAGAAGAAGAAGCCAACAACUUUUGUGCCACCACCCAAUCUAAAUAUGGAGCAAUCACUUUCGAAUGGAUUAGAAAAUCAAAUAACAAACACUGGCCUAAUGUCCAUUCCAUUUUGGCGUCGACCCGUUGCACGCUCACACACUUAUGGAUCCGAAAACGAAGGUAGUGCUGGCUCUCGUGUGGAUAUCUAUCAAAAAUUGCAAGAGAAAAAGCAAAAACAAUUGGCCGAAUUGAAAAUCAUCGAAGAGGAAAUUAAACAAGGUAAACUGGGUGGCCCAGUUGGAAAUAUUAAACUACAUACGGAUGAUAGUCGGGCAUUGUUACCGCGUCAACCAAUUCCACAUGUUAAGAAGCACAUCAAUAUUGAUCCACAUGAAUGGCGAACAUCCAGUCCCGAAUUAUGCAUUAGUGCAUCAAUGGGUAGCAUACUGAACGAUUUGAAUGUAAUGCCAUCACCGAAUAUCAACGAAAUCAACAAUCUUAACAAAUACACACGAAACUAUGAUCCCUUGUACAAUGAUUUCGUAUUGAAUACAACGAACAUGCCGGCGCUGAACAAAAAGAACUUCAUUUCUAUGGAGAAUAAUCAACGGAACAUGGGAAACAUGUCACCGAUUUCGUCGCAAAUUUCUGGCACCGAAAACCAUCGUCCGAUUAUGCCACGAUCGAAAAUACCACACAAUGUGCCACGCAAUCCAUUCGCCGAACCGUAUCGCUCGAACUUCUCCAAUGUUUUUGCCGAAAGUUUCAAUAACACCAACGAAUUGCAUCAAGUAACUCAAAGUCCUACUCGACUGGCGUCGGCAUCGAAUAGCAAUAAUGAUGACAGCAAUGACAGUAAUAAGAAAAGUAAUGUCGGCGAAAAUGAAAACAAUGCAAAACAAAAACAGCAACAACAGCAACAGCAGCAGCAACGAUUGCAUUUACAGCGUCAAAUGCAACGAGCCAAAACGCCCGAAAUCCUGUUGGCACCGCAUUAUCUUGAUAACUCGAGUGCAUUUUAUGAUUGGAUGGAUCGAGAACAACAGCCAACAUAUCGUUCGGAAAAUAAACAGCAUCAAUGUCACAUUGCCAAUGAAAAUCUCGACGAUCCGAAUGAAAAUGUGUUGGACCAAAAUGAGUAUCGAAUCCCAUCGGAUAUUGACAGCCAGGUCUCUUUGCCGCGUUCGUACACGUUGCCCAGAGAAUUCAAGUAUUAUCGCCGGAAUAAGGGUCGAAAGUUCAUUAAAAACGAACGCUUUAUCAUGAGCACCAAUUCAUCGGACGGUGAUGUGGAUAGUGCAGAGGACAAUGAAUCGGGAAGGUGUUCGAAUAUCUCAGACGGUUCGCAACAGCAACAACAACGGCAAAAUUGCCAUCGAUUGCAAUCGCCAACGGUGGGCAAAAAUUCACCGCUGCAGACACAAUCAUCGAAUCAAGUGUCAAAUGCAAGGAAUCAAUUUCCGAUAAGCAUAUCGGCCACCACAUCACCCGUAACUGUUACGAAUAUACACAGUGGCCCGUCCCAAACCAAUCCUCUUAUGAACAAUCUGAAUUUGACAAACGAUGCGUCAAACGCGAGCGCCGGAAAUUGUACUCGGUCCGCCUCAGCCUCACCAAAUAUUGCACUCAACGUACCAAACUAUUUCAACCGCAUACCAAACGGCCAUUACUUACAGCAAGCGGGAAGGAAUCGUAUGAUCCUUAACGGUAGCCCAUCGAUUGAUUGUAAUAUGAUGAGCGGUACAUUCGAUCUAAUCAGCGGUGUUGAAAACACUGCAGCAAUUGCUGCUGCGAUGAAUCGGCGAAUGCGAUUACGUGGUUAUGGCAAUCAAAAGAAUGGCAUGGUACGGCACGAAACGAAGCUGUGAAGCACAACACAAUACACACAAAUUGACAUCCAAUCUAUACACACUUCACAUUCAGAUGUUCAAUACAAACUGUGGUCGAGAUUUUUUUUUCUUUAGUUUUUCAUUUUUCAACAGCUAUUUAAUUUAUAGACGACAUUUUUUUUUAUUUAAAAACCCCAUGAUUUUAAUCUUAGGAUUUUAUACGACUUUUUUUUAUUCGAAUUAUAUGCAAUGUGUAAAUAGUUUUUAGACUAAUAUAUCAUCCGGAUAUUUAACACGAAUAAAUAUUAAAAUAUUUUCAAAUAAAA